GAGCCCUCUGAAUAUUAUUAUCAGAAUGCUUUCAGGCUGUUUUGGUUUUUAACGAAUAUGGUGUUUCAUGCAUUUUUCUGUUUUUGUCUGUGGCUUUUGGGAGGUAAGUUAUGUUUUUAUUGCUUCAGUUCUUCCUACAAUCAAACUAUUCCAGCAUGUUCUAACAGUUUGAAUGGAAACAGAAAUGCUUGUUAAAAUAAUGGUGUAAACUAAAACCUCAUCUUCGGUGAAUUUUCACUGAAAACUUAGACUCAGGAAUGUUAAAAUAAUAUAUCGAAUGUGCAGUUUACAGCAUUUUAAAAGAUGUACAGUUUGCCAAAAUAUGUUAAACUUAAUCUACAGCCCGAUUUAAUCACUUUAAAAGUAUAGUUUUUAGCUCAAAAUUGUCAUUUGCUCUCCAUCAUCAACCUGUGUGACUUGUAUGUGGAACCGACUGCAAAACAAGGUAUUUUGCAGUUUCCUCUUUUUUUAAAACAUUCACAAAAGUGAAAAAUACAGUAGCACCAAAGAGAAUAAACCCAUAUUUGACUACUAGUGAAAAGCGUCAUCAUUUAUUCACCUGUAUGUCUUUCACGUUGUCAUGUUCUUUAUCUGCGGAACACAAACAAGAUUUUCUGAAGAACAGUGGAGUCCAAACAACAAUUGACUUUCACUGUAUUGACAAAGAAAACACAGAUUAUCUUCUUUUGUGCUCCACAGAUGGAAAUCAGUCAUACAGGUUUGGAAUGACAUGAGGGUGUGUCUGAUGUUUAUACAGAUGAAACCAUGACGGUAUCAGUGAUGGAGGGAGAUUCUGUCACUUUAAACACUGAUGUUACUGAACUACAGAAAGAUGAUCAUAUACUGUGGUCAUUUAGAUUUAACAGUUCAGAGACUCGUAUCGCUGAAAUAUAUAAACAGAUCAUCUCUGUAUAUGAUAUUGGUGAGAAUGAGAGAUUCAGAGGCAGACUACAGAUAGAUAAUCAGACGGGAUCUCUGACCAUCACAAACAUCAACAAAUUACACUCUGGACUUUAUAAACUACAGAUCAUCAGCAGAGUGAUCAAACACAUGAGCUUCAGUACUGCUGUCUAUGGCAUUCUGCCUGUUCCUGUCAUUAUCAGAGACUCUUCACAAAAUGUUUCAUCAUCAUCAGGUUCAUCAGUGUCCAGAUGUUCACUGCUGUGUUCAGUGUUGAAUGUGGGUCAUGUGACUCUCUCCUGGUUCAAAGGAAACAGUUUAUUGUCCAGCAUCAGUGUGUCUGAUCUCAGCAUCAGUCUCUCUCUUCCUCUGGAGGUGGAAUAUCAGGAGAAAAACACCUACAGCUGUGUGAUCAACAAUCCCAUCAGCAACCAGACCACACAUCUGGACAUCAGUGAAGUCUGUCAACCAAGUUCAGAAUCCAACCAAACUUCACUUCUUCUUGUUGUGUUGCUGUUGGUCUUGCUGCUGCUAGUGGUCCCAGCUGUAGCUGUGUUGAUCUGUCGCCGCAGAAACUACACACAAGCGAAACUAGAGGCUCAGAGUAAUGAGGAGGAGGAGGUUUAUUAUACUGAUGCGACAUUUAUUAAACAGAGAGAUCAGGAUACGGAAACUAAUGCACACGAUCGGACGGUGUAUUCAGAAGUUGUUUUGAGACGAUGAUCAUGUAGACUGUAUUAUCAUACAGCUCGGUUUAUUACAGGGCAGAGCAUGUUGAGGUGUAUGUCAGUGUGUAGUAAAGCUCAAAACCCCAGUUAAACUGCAAAUGCACUGGUUGUAGCUCUGUUUGCUACAAAUGACUGAAUUUCAUCAUUUAAUUUAAGUAAUUUCUAAAAAAGUGAUCUUUAUUAAGAAAGACCACAUGUCACAUUUAAGGGAUUUUCAUAUACUCAUACACAAAUACAAUAAGGCCAAAUGAGUUCAGGAUGCUUGUAUAAUCGUUGAGCUAAUGGCUCCCUCUGCAGACUCUUUGUGAGACUUACAGGAUGGUAUAAUGGGUUUGGCUCUCUGCUGGUAGAUAACCAUCUGUGGGUCAAAAAGAUACAUUUUCAAAAUGAAUUUUCAAAAUUUAAAAUAACUAAUCUGUGUAUUCUGAAGAAGUCAUUUCAGCACUGAAGAUAAGACCAUGAACACAGGUCAUUUUUAAUUUAUUGCUGCCUACCGAUAUUUCUAAAAUAUCACUUCAAGAAUAUAAUCUCAGUUUCUUUUGAUUAUUUAUGUCAUUAUGGUGAAAUCUGUGUAUGAAUUUACAUAUUAAAUAUUGUAAUUUGAUGUAAUCGGCAAGCAGUAAUUUUCUAUGUGCAUUCGGUAGAAUGCUUCAGUCCAGCUACUUUGCAUUUACUCAUAUGAAGUUUUUCUUUUUCUGAAGAAAGGUGUCGUAAUGUAAAACACCGUAAAUAAUGCACUAUUUAACAAAAUGUUCUGCAAUAGUUAUCAGUAUUAUCUAUGUCUGUGUAAUGUGGUUAAUUUAUGAACAAUGAAUGAAGCUCUUGACAAAAUAUCAGUAACAUCUGAAUGAAUAUCUUCAGUUUUAGAGUCAGUUUAACCUGACGAACCUGAGUUUUAUCUUUAUUCAAAUUGUUUGAAUGUAGUCCUUCUAGUAAUGCACUGAAGUCUAUAUAAAUGCUGCCUGUCACCUAUUUGUUUCAUUUAAGUAAUUGAAAUUUUUAGGCUGUUGAAGUGAUUUGUGUUUUACUGAACAAGCAUUAUUAAAAUUCUUUCUGCACUGAUUAUUUUUGUCUCUUUAUGCCAGUAAAGCCCUGAUGUAGAGGAUUGACCAUUGUCAUGUUCAGUGAAAUGCAUGUAAGUUUAUUCAUGGGAAACUGAUGCACAUUUUUAAUUCUAUUUUUAUGAAUCCCAGGAUCAGAUGUUGUUUUCAGUCAUUAGAUUGGAUUCUGUUGUUUGUGUAUAUGUUACACUAUUGACAGUGUGGUUGAAACUACAGCCUAUGGUUUCACAGGAUGUGAAUUGUAUUUUUAAGUGAGAUAUGGAGAAGACAUUAGUGAAAGUUUAAGAAAAAGUAAUGUAUAGAUAGAUUUUUAAAAAAAAACUAGAUUAAAAAACUAAAUUAUAAAAUUGU